CUAACGAGAUAAGAAGUUCGUCGGUUGACAACUUGACUGUGUGUGCCUAACGAAUCAGAAAGUUUUGAGUUUUGACAGUAGAAAGAUGGAAUCGAAAUUCUCUCUCCUUCGUUGCAGCUCGGCGUAGGUUUUGGGCCGGGGGAGAUCCUAUCUCCCACUUGAUACACCAUUCGCGGCAAAUUAUAAGAAGAAGCUCUCGCCCCGUCUCCCCCCUUCCAACUCGUUUUUUCACAGCAGAAAAUCUGCGUCUCGGCGACGAAAUUUAGUCAUGGAGCUGAUGUCUCAUUCUUCCACCUUUCUUCUUCCUUCGAUUCCAGUCGACGGCAGUCCAAGUCUAACAUACGCGCUUGUUGUGCUCAACCAACGCCUCCCUCGAUUCACUCCUCUCUUAUGGAAGCAUUAGCAGCACAACUACGUAUCUGUGCAGACGGAGGAGCUAAUCGAAUAUAUGAUGAAAUGCCAAAACUGCUACCUGAUGAAGAUGUGGUAGAUGUGCGAAACAGGUACAAGCCAGAUGUGAUCAAAGGAGAUAUGGAUUCAAUUCGAACAGAAGUGGUUAAUUUCUAUUUAGGCAUGGGGACAAAGGUACAGAAUGAAUCACAUGAUCAGGACACUACUGAUCUGCACAAAUGUGUAAGCUAUAUUCGGGAUUCCACACCAGAGCUACAAAAGUCUAGUUUGUGCAUUCUUGUUGCUGGCGCUAUGGGUGGACGGUUUGAUCACGAAAUUGGAAAUAUAAACGUUCUUUACCGAUUCUCAGAGUUGCGAAUGGUUCUUCUAUCCGAUGAUUGCCUCAUCCACCUUCUCCCCAGAACCCACCAUCACGAGAUUCAUAUCUUGCCUUCUGUUGAGGGCCCACACUGUGGCCUCAUUCCCAUCGGAAUGCCCACCGCAAAGACCACAACCACCGGGCUACAGUGGGAUUUGAAUGACACAGAGAUGAGAUUUGGUGGUUUGAUUAGUACAUCCAACCUCACCAGGGAGAAAAAGAUCACAGUGCGAUCAGAUUCAGAUCUCAUCUGGACAAUAUCCAUUAAAAAGCUGGAGUGAAUCCAUCUGGGGCUGUUAAUAUUGCCACUUCAGAACCAGAUCCACCCACUGUAAUAUCAUAGAUAUUUUUAAUGCAGACUGCAAAGGCCUCCUUUAUUUGGAAUUUUUGUUACAGGUAGCUUUAUGUUUGGUGUUUAUGCCCAUCUUUGUCUGGAUUAUUUUGGUAAUGGCUCUUCUGGUUCUGGAAGCCAGCGUAGAAUAGGAUGGUCUCAUUUUAGUUUUUCAUUGGAUUCGAGGCUGUAUGUUUAUAUAAUCUAAAAUAAAUUCAUUUUAUUAUGUUAACAAAAAUAGAAUAAAGUCAUUCAGCAUUUGGAUUAGUGAACUUA